ACUAUGCAUGUUUUUUGUAUGACUGUAGUGCUAACUCCCACGUAACGAAAUUAGAUAAGCUUCAGAAUCAAGCCUUAAGAGUAAUAGGUGGCUUUAUAAAAACUACUCCGAUUCAUGUAAUGGAGUCUGAGUUAACUAUAGUACCUUUACAUAUACGUAGAUCUUAUUUGGCUUACAAAUAUUGUCUUAAAUGUUUAACAUGGACCAAUAAUAAAACUGUUGAAUUUCUAGAAGUACUUGAAUUAUCUUCUAGAUGUAGGUACUGGCUAAGGAAAAAAUCACCAUUGCUUGCAACUGUUUACUCCGACGUAAAGCAUGAAAGGAUAUUUACCUCAAAUCCCCUUAAAAUGUUCAGUCUGGAUACUUGGGUUUCUAAUAUUCGUUUCAGAGAUGUAAUUCGUACUAAUUUAGAUUUAGUGCAAUGUGCAAAGAAAUUAUACCAUCCUAGCGAUAUAAGAAACAAUGUUUUAUUGGAACUAAGUGAAAAAUAUGGAGAUUGGCACAAAGUCUAUACAGAUGCAUCAAAGACUGAAACUAGUAUAGGAGCCGCAUAUUUUGACCCAGUGUUUAAAACCAAAAGUUGUUACAACAUAAUUUCAGAAAUUUGUAUUAUGUCGGCGGAGUUAUUUGCGAUCUCAGAGGCGAUAUCUUAUGCAAUUAGUUUAAAAUGCAGAAAUAUCGUCAUUUUUACAGACAGUAAAAGUGCUUUGCAACAUGUAGCUCGCUGCGCCUCUGGAAACAGAGGUACAGCGAUAGCUUACACUGUGCUUGAUAAAUUGUACACUUUACCUACUGAUAUGUCUUUGAGACUUCAAUGGAUCCCCGCACACAUAGGAUUGAGUGGAAAUGAGGAGGUUGACAUUUUAGCCAAAGAAGCCUGCACAAUUGGAUCAGAAGUUUACAUUACUCCAGACUUUACAGAAAAAUUACAUACAUACAAUAAGAAAAUACGUGGGAUAUGGAAAGUACACUUUGAUGAGCGUUGUAAAGAAAAAGGUAUAUGGUACAGGACUAUGCAGUGUGAACCUCCUCAUAUUCCUUGGUUUAUGAAUGCUAGGUUAAGUAGGAAAUUAAUUAAGAUAGGAUUAAGACUUCGUUCAGGACACAUUCCUCUGAAAAAGUUCGCUUUUAUGAUGAAGAAAGUGCCAUCCCCAAACUGCGAAGCUUGCAAUGUUGUAGAGGAUGUCCAACAUGUAUUGGUGGAAUGUGUGCGGAACGAAGGUAAUAGACAAUUGUUAAUGAAGUCACUAAAUCUUAAUAGGUUAGAUGUAGGCGUAUUUCAAAGCAUUUUGGCUGCACCAAUCUCUGAAGAGGCAAAGGAGAUAUAUUUAUUUGUGUAUAAUUAUAUUAGUCAGUAUACUGUCAGGCCGUAGAUGAUUGUAAUUUAGUUUAAGGUACGAUGGGACUGGCGUAAUCUUAAGAUUAAAAGUCCCUAAAUAAAUAAAGGAUUUAAAAAAAAAA